AUGGCACUCCUCUCCACCUCUCUCUCUGCCUCCGUCCCCUUCCUCCUUUUCCUCCUCCUCCCCCUUCCUUCGCCCUGCGCCCUGGAGUCUCUACGAGGAGGAGGAGAGGAAGGGAACCGCUCCAUCUCCACCAUGUCCUAUCCCUCCAUGUCUCCGGAGUUCUGGAGCAACAGCAGCACGGGACUGGGCAGCAGUUCAAAGUGCUCGCAGCCGGUGGUGUGCAAGCCGGGCACCCUGCUGCCCGUGUGGAAGCCCCUGGGCCCCGGGCUGGGCGACCAGGUGGCCAGGGCCGUGGUCUACUUCACCUGCCUUAUGUACAUGUUCCUGGGAGUGUCCAUCAUCGCAGACCGCUUCAUGGCCUCUAUCGAGGUUAUCACCUCACAGGUUGGUACUGUAUGAUAGAUUGACCAAUAUGAUAUACUGUGUUUAUGUAGAGUUGUUAAAACAUUGUACUAGGGGAUCUCAUCUCAUUCAGCACAUAAUGAAAAUGACAGACAUAGAAUGAACAUAUUAUAUAUUUACAGAGAUAGCUCUCCUACUCUUAGACCCAGUGGUUGGCUCUCCUCUCUCACCUCUCCCAAGACUACAUUAACUGUCACUCAAACACGGUGAACAUCGAAACAAGUAGAACACUCUAUGAUAAAGUAAUUGCAAAACUCGCCUCUGCAGGGGUGAUAGACAUAACAGUUUCUUUCUCCAGAAAUGCUGCCUUGCUUUUCGGUGUUACCACAAACAGCUCAAAUUAAGGUGUUAUUUCUAUGUUUGGGUUUUCACAUUUCUUGGAGUGACUGACUUUGGGCCCAUAUGGAAUUCCAGUAUUUACAGUAUGUUCAUUGAUAUACAUCCUGAUAUGCAAACGUAGUUUACUGAAUUAUUGGUUCUGAUUUAAAACUCAGACUGACAUUGUUAUGAAUUGGAUUUCUCUGCUGACAAGAGAUAGUGUUGACUCAACAAACUGAAAUAGAUUCUAGCCUUCGAUUGGAACCGGUUCAGGGAACAGAACAGAAAACUGGAAAAUAACGUCAUUUUUCAAGGAACAGAAACAGAACCGGGAACUAAAGUGAUCGAUACUGUUCCGGAACAGAACCAUUAUUUUAAAAUCAUGGGAACCGGUUAAUAGCAUUUUCCGGCCAUGUUUUUCUAGUCCCACAAAAAACGCAACAAAGCGCCUAUGCAAAGCCCUCUGUCACUGACUCCUUCCAGUGUCUGCCUGCAAGCUGAAGAUCUUUGCCAGUGUGUGUAGGCUACCGGCCCCUCCCUAUCUGAAGCAUAGGCUACCAUAGCCUACUGACGUUACGAGCGUGAUUCAGAAGAUAGGGAGAGAGCGCGUGGGUGAUGGAGAGAAACUAAAUGGUGCAGUUUGAGGCCAUGUGGCGGUGAGUGAUGUGGGCCCUGGAGAUGGUGUGAGCAUGUGGGUCUGGGCAGGUGUGAUGUAGUUGAUGUUUUUGUGAUGUCGUUUGUAUGUGUAUAUUUUGUAUUUAUUUUUUAUUUUUAUAUAAAAUCUUACAAAAAAAAGAAGAGAGGAAGAGGGAUGUUUUAUUAGAGAAGAAUGGAUUUUCAAUGCUAGUUAAAAAAGGAACAGAAAUUAACAAUAUAAACAGGUACUUUUUAAAGUGCGAACCGGUCGGAACAGUAGAACGGGACGAAGACAAAAGUGGUUCUGUUCAGAACGAAACGAUUGGAAAAUAAUAUGAGACUUAGUGUAUUGAAUUAUUGUUUCCAUCUGAUUUAAAACUUUAGAUAAUUGGUCCAGACUCUUUGACAUUGUUAUGAAUUGGAUUUCUCUGCUGACAAUAGAUAGUCUUCUCAACAGACUGAAAUAGAUUCUAGCCUUGGAAUCGAUUCAAUAAUCAAUUAACCGGGCUGUUAAUGAUUUUUUCAUAAGUUAUUCAUCCAUUUCAGUUCAUUGUUGGGCCAUCGAAUACCAUUGUGAAUGUACUAGUUAUCUGUUUGUAAUAUUGUCCUCUUUAUAGCCAACCAUGUGUUCAACAUCUUUGUUCAUAAUAGCAUAGAUUUCUCCCUUUUUCAAUUUUCUCUCUGACCGAGCAAAUUGCACACAACUGUUUUCAUAAGUUCAUAAUGCAAGCAUCUACUAGGAGAGUAAUUACCAGAAGUGCAUCCAUUAUGAAGGAUUCAGACCACCCCAGUGGCCUAAUUGGAGUGGAUUGUAGUGGAUUGUAUUGUAACAGGGGGGGGGGGGCUUUUCCAUUGCAUGUCCUGAGGUUAUGCAAGCGUAAGCACACUAGAAGACUGUCUGGAUCGUAUGCUGGCGGCAAGGAGCACAGGCCUGGCUCUCCACGAGGGGGGAGAUGGGGAUGGAGGGAUGGGGUAGCCCUUUCCUGCAGUUAAAUGAGCUAGUGGCCUCAUGGGUGGAAUGUUAUUAAUAUUUAUCAUAAUUUCAUAAUUAAUCAACAUUAUUAUUAUUUUUUAUGCCGAAAAUCUUGUGUUUCUAUGUCAAAGGGUUUUGUUAUAUUUCAGUCUUCUGUAAUGGAUAUAAAGUGUAAUAUUGGGAUGCAAUAUCUGAUAUGGUACAGGUGUCUUCUUUUUCUUUAAGCCCAUAACCAUGUGUGUGAGGUGUAUACUUUUGUUUCAAUGGAGAUCUGUUUAAGACUACCAAGAAUCACUCUGUGUGACCCUGAUUUAGCCCACUUCAGUAAAAUGAACCAACCCUACAUCUCAAGAUCACUGUAAAUGUAAAGGAACCUGCAAGUCAGCAUUUCGUAGGACGGUGUAUACCAUGUGUAUCCCGUACAUACGACUAAUAAAACUUGAAACUUGAGUCUCCAUAGCCCGCCAUCCAUCACUCCUCCAUUCACUAGAUUAGAAUAACAGAUUGUCCCCCUUUCCUUCUGCCAGGGAGUUAGGGACGCAUCCUCCCUGAUGGUAGGAUACUGUCAAUAUCAUUCGCGUGUGUCUGUGUGUGUGCAUGCAUAUGCAUGUGUGUGUGCGUGUGUGGAUGUAACCAUUCAUGUGUGUGUGUGUGUGACCCCUCUCUGUCUGUCCUGUAGGAGAAGGAGGUGACCAUCACCAUGCCAAGCGGUGAGACGUCUGUGGCCACUGUACGUAUCUGGAACGAGACUGUGUCCAACCUGACUCUGAUGGCUCUAGGCUCCUCCGCACCAGAGAUCCUGCUGUCUGUCAUAGAGGUGGGUGUCACGCCAUAAAGACUCCCCCGACCACAACUCAUAAGUGGGUGUCACAUCAUAAACACUCCCCCCAGCAACAACAUAUCAGUGUAGCAGUGUAUACUAGCUAGUAGUAGUGGAAUGAAGCUGAAAAUGACUUUAAAGGUAUUGUCAAGUCUUACUAAUAUAACAUUUACAUACAACUUGUACAUGGCCUUUUUGAUUUAUACUGCACUAAAGGUUCUCUAAAGGUCUUUCUCUCCUCUGUCUCCCGGUGUUAGGUGUGUGGGCAUGGGUUUGAGGCGGGUGAGCUGGGCCCUGGCACCAUCGUGGGCAGCGCUGCCUUCAACAUGUUUGUGAUCAUCGCCAUCUGUGUGUGGGUCAUCCCUGAAGGAGAGACCAGGAAGAUCAAACACCUGCGUGUGUUCUUCAUCACAGCCUUCUGGAGUAUCUUCGCCUAUAUCUGGCUCUUCCUCAUCCUCUCUGUCAUCUCACCCGGAGUAGUGGAGGUACACUUUUGUGUGUGUGUGAGUGUGUGUGUGUGUAUAUAUGUGUGUGUGUGUGUGUGUGUGUAAAUGUUAGCAAAUGUGUAUAAAUACUGUAUGUGUGCGUAACCAAACAAUCAACACCCUUCCAGUUUGGAUGUAUGUCUUGUAAUGGUACCCUCUCUUUGUGUGUGUGUGUGUGUGUGUGUGUGUGUGUGUGUGUGUUCAGGUGUGGGAGGCCCUGGUCACCCUGCUCUACUUCCCAGUGUGUGUGAUCCUGGCCUGGAUCGCCGACCGCCGCCUGCUCUUCUACAAGUACAUGGCCAAGCGUUACCGUGCCGACAAGCACGGCAUCGUCGUGGAGACGGAGGGGGACACAACCCCGAAAGGCUUUGAGAUGAUUAUGGACGGAAAGUUCCCUCCUAGGGGAGGGGCGGUGGGAAUGUUGCCCAAUGAGAACUGCCAGGAUGGUGCCAACAAUGCAGCGGGCGCCGUGGCCUACCUGCCCAACUCCAACAGCACCAUGGUGACUGUAGAAAAUACCAAGGAGCAUGGACGAGAGCCGCAAGGAGGUGAGAGAGAGAGAGAGAGAGAGAGAGAGAGAGAGAGAGGAGAGAGAGAGAGAGGAGAGAGAGAAGAGAAGAGAGGUAAAUCAAGAAAGGAAAAAGAAAUAAAAAAGAAAAUUUUUCCCUUCUCCUCUCCCUAGCUUCCCUUCCGCUCCCCUCUCCUUCGCUCUUCUCCUCUCCCCUCUCUUUUUUCCCCUCUCCCCCUCUCGCCCUCUCUCUUCUCUCUUCUCCUCUCCGCCCUCCUUCUUUUCUUCUUCCUUCCCCCCCCUGCUCCCUCCCCUCUCUUUACGUCCUUUCCCCUUCCGGUUUUACCCCCCAUUCCCCCCGUUCCCCUUCCCCUUUUCCCAAAACCCCCUUUCCUUUUUUCGCCUUACCCUCCGUUUUUCCCUUUUUGCCUUUUCUUUACAUCCCGGCCCCCCCCCCCUUUUCCCCCCCCCUCCCUUCCCCUCCCCCCCCCCCCUUUCCCCCCCCCCCCUCCCAAACCCUUUUCCCCCCUCUCCCCCCCCCCCACCACCCCAAAAACAAACGCACUUUUUCCCCUGGCAGGGGGAGGUUGUUUUUGGGUGUGGGUGGGGCCCGGCUGGCCCCUUUUUUCCCCGGCCUCUGCCCCGGGAGCCCAAAGCUUUAAACAGAAUUUUCCGGCAAGGGGUGGAAAAACUGGGAGAAAACACAAUUAAAAAAAUCCCCUCCUCACAGCAGAAGAGGGUUCUAACCCGGCAUAGGUAGCGCAUAGGGACCCGGCCCGGCAACGUGGGUCCCCCAAGAAAUAGGGGGCCCAAAAAACCCCCCAAAAAAAACCCCCGCCGUUUUUCCCCCUUGGAAAGCGGGUCUGCGAGUACGAUGGACCCUGGGCCCGAGUGGCAGCCGCCUGGCGUUCGAGAGCACCCACAUGCCAGUGCCAUGGAGAAACUGUGGGCAUACUGAGCUGGCUGUUGGUGUGUCAAGGGGGGCAUGGGGGAGAGCACCUUCUAUGUGGACUACCGGACCGAAGACGGCUCGGCCAACGCCGGGUCCGACUACGAGUACAGCGAGGGAACGCUGGUGUUUAAACCCGGAGAGACCCGCAAGGAGAUCAAGGUGAGGGGUCAGUGGAAGGGGAGGAAAGGGAACAGUAACAUACAGUUCCAAUCAAUUUUAGCAAGAAGCGUUGCACAACUGUGCUGCCUAGCAGAUCCCCAGCUAGGUCGUUAGACCUGCUUGUCGUGGGCAGAUCAGGACGUCACAUAAUAGAAGGAGCAGAAACAGCAGUAGAAACCGAUUACCCUCUGAAUUAGCGCCUGCCAGAGUCCUCUCUGUCCCUGAUCAACUGUCUCAUAUUGUCUUAGAGGAGCCAGUAGAGCUGGAGAGUCUUCCAGAAGCUAGAGCACAUUAAAGUCUGCCUCAUCGUCCUGAAUGACAGUGAAUAUGACUUCAUCUGAGUGGGAGAGGGGAGAGACGGUGAAAAAAGGAGGAAGUGGGCUUUGAAGUAUUUUGUCCUUGGAGAUGUUGUUUCCCUCUUUGAACUCGUCAUAGUUUUUGUGUCAUUUCAUGUUCACACUUAGACAGAGGACAAAGAGAAUGUGUAUUUCUGGAUAGCAGGAGGGGUGUUGAGGAAAGGGAGAAAACAAGGAAUGUGAAGAGAGAUAGAGAGAGAAAGAGAGAGAGUUAGGAAACAACUCAAUUGUGUUAUUUCAUAACAGUAGCUAGUCAACCAUUAGUCAUGAAUGACUGACUACAACAAUCAAUCCCUUAGUUUCUCAUGUCAAUGACCAUCAGUGUGGUUGAUUUGAUGCGUGUCUCUCAAGCGUUUAUGAUCUAUAACAGCUCUCACUUUCUAUCUUCAUCACUAUAUCACCCCUCCUCCACCCCUCCUUCCUCCAUCCUCCACCUUUCCCAGGUCGGCAUCAUCGAUGAUGACAUCUUCGAGGAGGACGAGCACUUUUUCGUGCGGCUGCUCAACUUGCGCAUCGGUGACCCCGAGGGGAUGUUCGAGAGUGAUGAGCCAGGUGCGGGACCCAAGGGCCGCCUGGUGGAGCCACUGGUCACCAUGGUGACCAUCCUGGAUGACGACCAUGCUGGCAUCUUCACAUUCCGUGAUCGGCUGGUGCGCAUCAGUGAGAGCGUUGGCACCGUGGAGUUCACAGUGGUGCGGAACUCGGGGCGCCCGCGGGAAAAGGGGACCCGCCCCAUCACAAAGGAGGCGGCACGCGAAAGGGGGGGGGUGGACUACGAGGAAACCCCGGGGAAACUGGGUUCCCAACGACCAAAAACGUGAGUAUGAUGAACGGACGGAGAACGACAGAAAACUAUAAAACAGACAACCCCAACCCCACUUCUACAAAAAUCUACCCACUUCUACACAUCACCCCACACUCCACACAUCUACCCUCUUCUACACACACCCUACUUCUACACAUCAAACCCUACACUAAAAUCUACCCUAACUUCUACACACUACCCACACUACCAUUCCCCAAACUACACUCUCCCUCUUCUACACAUCUACCCACUUCUACACUCACCCUAACUCCCUACCCACUUUUACACAUCUACCCCCCAUUCUACACAUCUACCCUACAUCUACACAUCUAACCCUACAUCACCAUCUACCCUACUUCUACACAUCUACCCUACAUCUAACAUCACCCUACAAAACUACACAUCGACCCUACUUUCUACACAUCUACCCUACUUCUACACAUCUACCCUACAUCUACACACAUCUACCCUACUUCUACACAUCUACCCUACUUCUUACACAUCUACCCUACUUCUACCACACUCUACCCUACUUCUACACAUCUACCCUACAUCUACACAUCUAACCAUCUACUCUACCCUCUUCUACACAUCUACCCUACUUCUACACAUCUACCCUACAUCUACACAUCUACCCUACAUCUACACAUCUACCCUACAUCUACACAUCUACCCUACUUCUACACAUCUACCCUACUUCUACACAUCUACCCUACAUCUACACAUCUACCCUACAUCUACACAUCUACCCUACAUCUACACAUCUACCCUACUUCUACACAUCUACCUACUUCUACACAUCUACCCUACUUCUACACAUCUACCCUACUUCUACACAUCUACUCUAUUUGUUUAUUGAUUGCUUCCAUUUCAUCCACUCUCCUUUUUCAUCUAUCUUUCUCUUUUCCCAUUCCCCUCUCCUCCCCUCCAUCUUUUCCUACUCCUUCAUUCCCUCUCCCUUCCCCUCCCUCUCCCCUACUCCUUCAUUCCCUCUCCCUUCCCCUCCCUCUCCCCUACUCCUUCAUUUCCUCUCCCUCCCUCUCCCCUACUCCUUCAUUCCCUCUCCCUCCCUGUCCCUUCCCCUCCCUCUCCCCAGACACUGUUCUCCAUUAUUCAUCAAGGCCAACCUGGAGUGAGUUUUAGCUCAUCAAUGGCUUAUGUGUUUGUGCUCAACUCCUAACCAAUACUACAAUUCACACUGCUAUGUGUUGCUGGCUUAAAGUAGGCUACACCAUACUAUAUUGUCACGCUAUCUGUAUUCAUGUCUCAGUCUUAUCUCUUUCUGGUUCUCUUUCUCUCUCGCCACAAAUCUGCACAGUAAUAGUAAUUUGAACAUCUUGUUUAUUUCUCAUUCAUCUCUAAUUUCACUCUCAUCUCGCUGUAUCUAUCUUUCCCUUCUUCCUCUUUCUCUAUUGUGCCUUUCUCUCUUUUCUUUCUCUCACUCUUCUCUUUCUCUCUCCUUUCACACUCUCUCUCUCUCUCUCUCUAUCUCUCAAUUCAAUUCAAGGGACUUUAUUGGCAUGGGAAACAUUUGUUUACAUUACCAAAGCAAGUGAAAUGGAUAAACAAAUAUGAAAUGAACAAUAAAAAGUGUAAAAUAAAUAUUACACUCACACAAGUUCCAAAAUAAUAGAGACAUUUCAAAUGUCAUUAUGUCUAUAUACAGUGUUGUAACGAUGUGCAAAUGGGAAAAUAAAUAAAUAUAUAUAUAUGGGUUGUAUUUACAAUGGUGUUUGUUCUUCACUGGUUGCCCUUUUCUUGUGGCAACAGGUCACAAAUCUUGCUGCUGUGAUUGCACACUGUGGUAUUUCACCCAAUAGAUAUGGGAGUUUAUCAAAAUUGGAUUUUAUCUGUGUAAUCUGAGGGAAAUAUGUGUCUCUAAUAUGGUCAUACAUUUGGCAGGAGGUUAGGAAGUGCAGAUAAGUUUCCACCUAAUUUUGUGGGCAGUGUGCACAUAGCCUGUCUUUUCUUGAGAGUCAGGUCUGCCUACGGCAACCUUUCUCAAAAGCAAGGCUAUGCUCACUGAGUCUGUACAAAGUUUCCUUCAUUUUGGGUCUGUCACAGUGGUCAUGUAUUCUACCACUGUGUACUCUCUGUUUAGUGCCAAAUAGCAUUCUAAUUUGCUCUGUUUUUUUGUUAAUUCUUUCCAAUGUGUCAAGUAAUUAUCUUUUUGUUUUCUCAUUAUUUGGUUGGGUCUAAUUGUGUUGCUGUCCUGGGGCUCUGUGGGGUCUGUUUGUGUUUGUCUCUCUCUCUUCCUGUAUCUACAGAUGUAGGAUCUUAAUUUGAUCACCCUGUUGCAGGAGAACCUUCCUGCAAUGCAGUAAAUUAAAAACGUGUAGUGUAUUUGAGGUUUAACAAGGCUUCUGAAGUUUGUAAUUUUCACUUAGAAAUUUCAGACUAGAUUCUUCUUCAAAAAAUAUUUAUCAACCCCUACAAAAAUGUCCAUUAAUUAUAACUACCAUAUUAAUACACAUUUCCUGUUGCUGCAGGAUUGUUUUCCUGCUGUAGCAAACUGGCUCAAAUUAAGAUCCAAUAUCUGUAUCUCUCUCUUCUCCCUCUUUCUUUGUUUCUUUGUUUCUCUCACUUGUUUAUGUUUGCUCUGCCAACAGUGAGACUGUUGCUGUGGUGACAUUUCCAGGGACAAUGUCCUGGGAGACAUUAUCAGGACUAAUGUGCAUAAUACCAAAGUGAAACACGUCUUCCAACUCCCCCUCCUCUCCUCCUCCCCUUCACCCCCGCCUAUUUCCUCUUUUCAUCAGCCACUCCGCAUCAGUCUGUGUAAAAGCUGACCGCUAGCCCUGCACUAUUCUGUAGGGGGAUGAAGAGGACCCUAUGGGUUAGAGCACCAAGAGAGGCUGAGGCUACGGUUGUACAGUAGUGGGUACAGUAAAGGACCUACAGUAGGUUGAAUCACAGGAUGGACAGAGCUAGGAUGGGGGAUGGAGCAGUGGUUGAGGAUUGGGUCACAUUAAUAGGGUAUGAUAUACAGCAGGGGUGACGCCCCUCUGUGUUGCAGACCCCUUGGCGUCCCCUCACUGGCUGGUAUGCAUGUCUGCAUCUGAAUUAUUCAGCCGUGGAGUGAUGAAAUAUUGACGCGAGCCCUCUGAAGUGAUUUAAGUGCAAGCUGUGCCUGUUAAUAUGUCUGGGGCGGCACCGGGGAGGAAGCCAUCGUUUGUCUGGCUUUGUGCGGCUCCCCUCCCUGCCUGUUGCUCGAUGGCUGUACCUGACGUAUGGUUAUCUCAUCGAUAACUGGGAGUGACCCGUGGUGGAAAGAAAGCCUUGAGGAUAAGAGUGUGUGUGUGUGUGUGUGCUCUCUCUCUCUGUAAAGUAAAACAAAAUCCCUGACUAACCCCUGGGACUACAUCCUUCCACUGAUCCCUUUAACUGUUGAAUAAAGUUAAAGAAGACAGUCUAAUCCAUUUGUUGAUUAUUGACCUGUGGUACUGACCUGUGUGUGUGUGUGUGUGUGUGUGUGUGUGCAGUCAGACCCUGCAGGUGAGGAUCAUUGACGAUGAGGAGUAUGAGAAAAAGGAGAACUUCUUCAUCGUACUAGAGGAACCACGCUGGCUGAAGAGGGGAAUCUCAGGUGUGUGUACUUGUAGUGUGUGUGUGCAUUUGCGUGUUUGUGUGUGUGCAUGCAUGUGUGUGUAUGUGUCCUUUUCUCCUUUCCAGUUUCCCAAUAUCAGCUGAACCUCAGUGAACCAAGCCAGCCAGGUUGACCUAGCCCUCUCUCUCCAGUAAUACAACAGGUGUGAUAAUAGCUGAUACAACCUUUCUCUCUUUCUCUUUCUCGCUCUCUCUCUCUCUCGCUUUCUGCCACUGUUUGAGAGAGAGAGAGAGAGAGAGAGAGAGAGAGAGAGAGAGAGAGAGAGAGAAUCAGCUGUUAUCACACUUGUUGUCAGUGGUUGGGAUUGGGUUGGUGCUGACUGGAGAACUGUACCUCUAAUGAGUUGUGGCACCUCAUAGAAUACUGCAGGGUUCUUCAAUUCUGGUCCAGGGGGGCCGAAACACCUCUGUUUUUCAUCCUCUCCUUCUAAUCAGGGGCUAAUUCAGACCUGGGACACCAGGUGAGUGCAAUUAACUACCAGGUAGAAAUAAAAAACAGAAGUGUUUCGGCCCUCCAGGACCGGAAUUGAAGAACCCUGGAAUACUGGCUCUAAAAUAUAAACCCAGGUACGGUACAAUUAAAGUUUAAUUCCACUUCAGGCACUGACUGAGUUGGGCCUUAUAGCUAGUACCAGGCAGGCACUACAGGUAGCUUUGUUUGGUAAAGAAUGGAUUUUCAAUUCUGCUGGUGAAAUGAAGAUACAAGUAGAGAACUUUCAGAGUCACAGAGCCAAGCAGAGCGUGCUGAUGUCCAAUUGUGUGUGAGGCUAAGAAAAUAGAGAGGAAAUAGGCCUAGUGUUUCGUUCGUGUGUGUUUCGUUCGUGUGUGUUUGUUCGUGUGUGUGUGUUCAUUCGUGAGAGAGAGAGCGAGAGAGAGAGAGCGAGAGAAGGUUUCAAGAAAACAAUAUGUUUUUACUGAACUGAGGCACUUAGAGGAGAGUUCACAAUGACAUGGCCAGGGAAUGGUGUGAUAACAUGUCAUACUGCACUUUGACUUGUCUGGAGUUUGGACUGCUGUACUGACUGUUCUGCUCAUCCUUCUUUCUUCUAGCCCUUCUGCUCAACCAAGGUAAGACCAUCAACAACUUGCCUCACAUAACCAGCCUAGAAACAGCAGACAUAGAACAUUUUAUUAUCCCUAAAGGCCCAAGGGGGGAAUUGGUUUUGGAUUAGAAUCAUCCAUAAAAACAACAACAAACAUUUCACAUGAGUUGGUACACUAUAUAACAACAUACAUUUAAGGGUCUAUGAAGAACCAUAAAUGGGAUGGCUCUUUGAAGAACCAUACAAAAAUCCAAAACCAGAAAUGUUUUGGCCCUCCAGAACCGGAAUUGAAAAGCCCUGCUGUAGAGUUUUAAGCCUUAUUUGCAUAUUUCCCAGAGUGCCUUUCAAGUGAAUGUUAAAGUUACCAGUACCACCCAUGACUGUGUUUGCUAGUGACAGAGACAUGGUUGUUGAAUUCUUUCAUUUUCAGUCCUGUGGCCUUCACCAAGUGAGAUCCUAAGUGAAUACGUUGUCAUUCAAAUUAAAUUAUUUAAGACAAGACAAUCAAUCAAAUUUAUUUAUUUCUAAAGCCUUCUUCUGAGGUCCUAGUUUAACCCAAAUCCUGCCUGAUGUCACAUUAUGCUGGCUUGCAAAGUGAUGUGUAAUUCCAAUUGGAAUCCAGCCAGAGUGGGGAUAUCCAACAUUUUGAAUUUUAUUCACCCACGACCUGCAUUCAGAAUGACUGCCAGGGUUGGGAAAACUAAGAUAUGAGACUACUUUAAACAUCUAAACUGGAACAACCAUUUCAGUAUCAGGUGCAAUAAGUCCAAGUAACAGAUUGGAAUAGUUUAGAAAAAUGUAUGUUAUUUAUAUUUGAGUAGCAUAAGAUUAAAGGUAGUUGCCACAACGACGUUGCCACAAGCAGCACAGCAGAUAUUGAGAUGAGCGAGAUGCAAUACUUCGCUCUCACACAGUCACACACAGUAUCUUCGCUUCACGCUCUUACGACCAAAACAGCAGAUAUAUUGAGCCUCGCGCUUCACGCUCUUAGUUGUUGCGGAAAUUGACCCACUAUGCUGUUUACUUUCUGCAUCUACGUCAUAUCGCUGAGUCUACCUUUUAAUGAAUCAAUCAAUGUACAUGCAAAAACAUAGAUAUUGAAACAAACAAUUCUAAAAAUCAACCUGCAAUAGAGCAUGCUGGGAAAUAUGAUAAUAAAGGGUGUGGUUUUGGUUCAACUCUGGUUAUUAACACCAACACUGGGGUUAUUUUACACCACUGAGUGUUAAUUUAACUCUUGACAUUGUUAAUUUAACUCUUUAAUCAACACUAGUUAACACUGGCCAAUUUGCUGUGUGCUAUGAAAGGGACAUAUCUUUUUUAGAACCUUUUAGAAUUCUGAAGAACCGUAGAUGCCACGUCAAGAACCCCACACUUAACUCAAAGGUUCUUUAUCGGUCAAGAGUUCUCCAAGGAACCUUAAGAACUGAGGAAGAACAAUUUAAGAACCUUUAUUUUCUUCACACCUCUGGUACGGUUAGCCACUUAGGGAUUAGCACCUAGUGUGGCCUUGGCCAUUGUGGCAUAAUUUAUUGAUGGAAGUCUAUUUACAGCAUAAAUCCAUGAUAAGGACCUGCUCGCUCCAUAAAAUGCAUCACUUUCACAUCGAAUUUGUAUCCAUCCCUGGAUAAAUAUUAUAUACGUGUAUCUCACACAACUGGGCCUCUCUUGGAUAAAUAUUAGAGUACUGUCCUUCUACAGUAGUCUAACAGUAACAUGCCACACUUUACUCUAAUGCACAUCUUAAAGAGGUAUUGAAGAGCCUUACCCAAUCAGGGCCCAUAUUCAUCAAGCGUCUCAGAGUAGCUGUGCUGAUCUAUAAUCAGUUUAGCCUUUUAGAUCAUAAUGAAUAAGAGAUGGACAAGAGAUGGGAGGAUCUGAUCCUAGAUCAUCAUUCCUACUCUGCGAUGCUUUGUGAAUAUGGGCCCUGAGAUGAUGAUGCAGUAAUGUACCCACAGUAACCGCAGACCAGCAGUAUAAUUCAUCAUCGUUAGAGUGUAUUAGUACUUAGUAUUAGUAUUUAGUAUCUGGUGUAACCCUGUUAGAGCAACACGGUGAAGGAGCUGGAGCGUUGGAGGAAUACAGUGGGACAGUUGACAUGUGGUUCCUGGCAGGGCUCUACUCCUUUCAUAAUUACAGCUUGUGCUUUGAAGGCAGAAGAGAGGAACUAAAAUAGGAAUAAUAUCUGCCCACUCACCAUGCGGCGACGACCACACACAAGCUAAGCUUCCUGUGCGUCUUCGCGGCUCACCGUCUUUGUCGUCCCUCCAAUGAGAGGAUGAGUAAUUAUACGCUAUAAGUAGACAGGGAAUAUGAUGCUGAAUGGAAGCAGGGAGAAAGGGUUUAACCAAGCUGUUUAUAGUUUGUUUGAGGUGUUAUUGUAGAUGGGGCUUUCUGAUGGCCCUAUUGGUCCAGCUUAAUGUUUGAUUAUCAGCCACUAAAUCCCACAAUUGGGACUAUUGGUCUCGGCCCACCUCAAGUCAGCAUAAAUCUACCCUCAUUUCCAUUCUCCUUCUGUCUGUUUCUUUCUCCAUUUCUUUCUCUAACAAAAUGUCUGGCUAUCUUUUUGCUGCUACGUCUCCCAGUCUGUCCUACUCUCAUCUUCUCAUGGAUCUUCCCCACUAAUCUCUCCUUAUCGCUUCUCUUUUUCCCUCUUGCUUCCCCAUCACACCCACACAUUCACCACCAACCUCAUCUCUCCUUCUUUCUGACUGUCUCCCACACCCACUCACACACGUCUCCACAUACAUGGGCUAAUGCACAUGAGUGAUAUACUGUAUGAAGAAGAAAUAAUGCUGCCUCAAACUCAAUUAUUGAUAGUACUCUGGCCUUGAAAGAUCUACUUGUGAGGCAUGUUGGCAUGUUUGAGUUACAAUUUCUCUCUCUAUCUCUUCCCUCACCCCCCCCCCCCCCCCCCCCCCCCCUCUCUCUCUCCUCUCUCACCCCCUUCACUGUUCUUACUAUCUCAUCCCUCCUCUCUCCUUCUCUCUCUUAGAGGAUCCUGAUGGCCAGAUGAGUGCAGAGGAGGAGGAGGCGAGGCGCAUUGCAGAGAUGGGAAAGCCCGUCUUGGGGGAGCACAGCCGGCUGGAGGUGGUCAUUGAGGAGUCUUAUGAGUUCAAGGUAUAUAGCCCCUCUUCUCCCCUGCUUCACUCUAUUGGCCACAUCAGCGCUCAGUAUAUGUAUCAAGCAUCUCAGAGUAGGCAUGCUGAUCUAGGUCAGUUCCAUCAUGUCCAUAUCAUCUUAUUCAUUGUUAUCUACUAGGCAAAACUGAUCGAAGAUCACAUACAGCCCCAGAGCCACAUAGUGGUUUAACACCAAACCUUCUGAGGACAGACACUGAGCACAGUUGAGGGUUCCACUUCAAAAAAUCAAAUUCCUGUCAAUCGUAGCUAUAUUAGCAUUUUCAUGCUUCAUAUCCAGAUAAUCUAUAAGUAACAUCAUUGAGUAACACAAUCAAUUUUUAGAUACUUUAGGAUGAUUUGGGCAUGAAGCAUGAAAAUGCUAAAAUAGGUACCAUCGACUUGCAUUGGAUUUUUUGAAGUGGAACGACCCUCCACUGUGCUCAGUGUCUGUCCUCAGAAGGGUUGGUGUUUAAGCUAAUUGAUUAAUCAAUCUUUUCAUCAAGUGAACCAACGGUUGUGACGGACGACAGCUAGCUCAUUGAAGUCCUAUAUCAACAUGCCUAGGGAUUUAAUCCAAUCAGGCCGUGUGCCUCUUCUUGACUUGAUUCAGGCACACGGCCUGAUUGGAUUAAUUUAUUAUUUAUAAUAAGAUUGCGCUUGUCAUUCUUGAUUUGUAGUAGCACAAAACAAACACAACAGGUAAUUGAACUCUCAAGUAAUUUCAAUGACUGGCACUUGGCUUUAUGAAAUCCUAGAUCAAUGUCACAUAAUUGAAUAGCAUUGUUAGCUCUAUGGAUGGGUGGACGGUAUACGCAAAAAAACACAAAGAAAGACCAGUGAGAAAUGUUUACACAGGUGAUGAAGUUUCCACAUUUAGAAAACAAGAAGUAAACACUACUACAGCUGAGCAUCACAUACUGUAUGCCCGGGCAGCUCCUAUAUCAUGGCAGUCAUAGAGUAUGUUUACAUCUGUGGAGGCUGGUUGGAGGAGCUAUAGGAGAACGGGCUCAUUGUAAUGGCUGGAAUGGAAUAUAAUUAUAUCAUACAGAUCAAACAUAUGGAAACCACGUUUGAUUGUGUUCCAUUGAUUCCAUUCCAGCCAUUACAAUGAGCCCGUCCUCCUAUAGCUCCUCCCACCAGCAUCCACUGGUUUAUAUGCACACUAAUAAUUCGAUAUUAAACUGAUUAUGGCAGUAGGCCGACAAUGGCAAUAGUCAUGUAAACACUUUACUCUGCUUAUCUUAAUCGGCAUAAGGUUUAAUCGAAGUCAACAUACGCCGAUUAAAACACCUGUUUUUCUGAGCAAUCUUUUAGGACAUGCAAGCUUAAUCAUUGUUCGAGCGGGGCAUUUGAUCUACGCAUGUGCCAGCACUGGUAGCGCAAGCCUCCCUUUUAUGCGCAAGUGAAGUGAGUUCGGAAAAACUGAAAGUAUGCAUCUUAGAAAUAGUUUUCACAUACAAACUUUAUAUGUCCGAACUCAGAAUCAAAUAGGCUUCCCAAAAAUAACCUGGCUUCUGUGGUAGAACGUUUAUUUUAAUUGGAAAAUGUCAGGUAGCCUGAUUUCAGAUGUGUCCAUGUAAACAGGAUUAUUCAGAAAAUCAUUCUUCUUGCAAAGCAUGUAAACGUUUUAAACAAACUAUUAUAUUAGUCUGACUAUCCACAAUAAUCGUAUUAUUGUGUGCUUGUAACCAUACUCAUCAUUGAAUAGAACAGUAUGUCCCAGUUUUCUAAAGGCUGAUGUCCAUUGCCUAUAGUCUCCAGUCUUGCCCACAGCGGUGAGACCUUUCUAUCCAAUAAUAAUGAAACCUCCUAUCCAGUUGGGUUUGGCUAGGGUGCUUCAUAGAAUGGUUUUAUUGGUUUGAUUGAGUAGGAGGAAGUUACAGUUUGGUGAAGUCGUACUUGAGUGCUGGAUAUGAUGCUUUCCUUUACUGUCUGAGUGGAUCCCAGGACUCAGCAUGUGGUUUGCUGUGCUUGCUUGGGAGGAGUGUCCUUAUAAACAGAUGUGCCACUGUGUGUGUGUGUGUGUGUGUGUGUGUGUGUGUGUGUGUGUGUGUGUGUGUGUGUGUGUGUGUGUGUGUGUGUGUGUGUGUGUGUGUGUGUGUGUGUGUGUGUGUGUGUGUGCGUGUUUGCGCGAGCACGUGUGUGUGUGUGUGUGAGUGGUUGUGGUGAAACCAAAUACUGCUAUUGUGAAUUCAUAUUACCCCAGAAAUGGACCCCAACAGGUAAUGGGGAUCCUAAUAAAAUACCAAAUAUCAAAUAUUACUGCACUUCUCAUGGUAAUGAUGCCACUGUCUAAUUCUUCUAGGCAUUCUUUUUAGAGUUAGAGUUCCGGUCACACAAAUGAGUUUGCCUUCUUCUCUAUAAUUGGACGUUGACUAUGCCCUCUUUGUUUGUGAUUGGCAGAGCACCGUUGACAAGCUCAUUAAGAAGACCAACUUGGCCCUUGUGAUUGGCACUCACUCCUGGAGAGAGCAGUUUGUGGAAGCUGUGACUGUCAGCGCAGGUCAGCUUUUGGUAUUUGUGCAUGUGUGUAUUUGUGUGUGUGUGUCUGUGUGUGUGUGUGUGUGGUGUGUUUGUGUGCGUGUGUGUGAUUUCUAUUGAGUGAGAGAAAGAUGCAAUAAGGUGAGGCUCACUGUUUACAUUGUAUUAUACACAUACACUGACUAGAGCCAUAAUGAAGGACUUUACAGUUGCUUUAUGAAUGUAAUUACUCCAUCAUGCUUUGAAUAGUGGUCUGAGGGCUUUUUGUCCAGAGCCAUAAUUACAUAAAAUAUUUUGAGUCCUUUAUUGUUAUUCCAAAGAACGGCCCAAGUGUUUCAUUUAG